AAUCAGGCCAUCAAGCACAGGAAGGAAGGAAAGGGUUCUUCUGUUUUUGCUCCUGAAGUCCUAGUACUUUCAGUACGUCGGUACUUACGACUUCGGCCUGGUACUGAUGCAGCCUCAAUGUUCCUGGACGCGAACCCAUGCUCAGAUGCUUAGACCUCUGUCCCAUAAAUGCUCCGUUUUCUCUGAGCAUUGGCUAAAGGCUGCUCAUUCUCAUUCUCAUUCUCAUUCUGUUCGGAGAAGCCACAACCGUCCCACUUUCAGGGCUACGAUGUCCACCGUCCCUACUCGGAAAGAGUCCCUUCCGGCUCAGGACGGCUCUUCCCAGAAAGCCCCUCAGCCGUUACAGGUUGCAAAACGCUUAGAGAAGUUCAAAACUACAAUUUUCACGCAGAUGAGUAUGCUUGCCAUCGAACAUGGAGCAAUAAAUCUUGGCCAAGGCUUCCCCAACUUUGAUGGUCCAGAAUUCGUAAAGGAAGCUGCAAUUCAAGCCAUCAAGGAUGGGAAAAACCAGUAUGCUCGUGGACAUGGGAUUCCAGAGUUCAAUGCUGCCAUUGCUGAACGCUUCAAGAAGGACACUGGACUUGUGGUUGACCCUGAGAAGGAAGUUACUGUUACAUCUGGGUGUACUGAAGCUAUUGCUGCAACUAUAUUGGGCUUGAUAAAUCCGGGGGAUGAGGUGAUCCUCUUUGCUCCUUUUUAUGAUUCUUAUGAAGCAACACUGUCAAUGGCUGGUGCCAAAAUAAAAGGCAUCACAUUGCGCCCUCCAGAUUUUGCUGUUCCAAUUGAUGAGCUAAAGUCCACAGUCUCAAAGAAUACUCGUGCAAUCCUCAUAAACACUCCACACAAUCCCACUGGAAAGAUGUUUACUCGAGAAGAACUCAAUGUCAUUGCAUCUUUGUGCAUUGAGAAUGAUGUGUUGGUUUUUACUGAUGAAGUUUAUGACAAACUGGCUUUUGAAAUGGAUCACAUUUCUAUGGCAUCCCUUCCCAGUAUGUAUGACCGCACUGUAACAAUGAAUUCUUUGGGGAAGACCUUCUCCUUAACAGGGUGGAAAAUUGGGUGGGCAGUAGCUCCCCCACACUUGACUUGGGGAGUAAGGCAAGCACACUCAUUCCUCACCUUUGCUACUUCCACUCCAAUGCAGUGGGCAGCUUCAGUAGCACUUAGAGCCCCCGAUUCUUAUUAUGUGGAGCUGAAGAGAGAUUACUUGGCAAAGAAGGCAAUAUUGGUGGAGGGGUUGAAAGAUGUUGGUUUCAAGGUAUUCCCAUCAAGUGGAACAUAUUUUGUGGUUGUAGACCACACCCCAUUUGGACUUGAUGAUGAUAUUGCUUUCUGUGAGUAUUUGAUCAAGGAAGUUGGGGUUGUGGCAAUCCCAACUAGUGUAUUUUACUUGAAUCCUGAAGAAGGAAAGAACUUGGUGAGAUUUACCUUCUGCAAAGAUGAAAGAACUUUGAGGUCUGCAGUUGAGAGGAUGAAGGAGAAGCUCAGGAAGAAAUGAUAAAAAAAAAUAUGUAUUGAUUUAGAUCAUCCAAGUGCUGUUUUAUGUCAUGGGAUUUGGUGUUCUAAUGCCAAUCGCAUGGUACUCCAAGUAAUUGUUGUUCUUCCAAACCCAUCUUAAUAUAUGCUAGGGGUGUCAUCUCUUGUUUCCAUCAAAAUUUGUCAUUCCCCAAGUCUUUGAAUUGUAGGAAAUAGUUGUGGAUGUUACUCGAUCCCAUUAAUCAGGGGAAUUAUGAGCUCAUAAAUUUCAAUUCAUGUUAUUGUUUCUAUCUUCAAUACAUGAAUGAAGGAUAAUUAUAUGUACUGGGAAACAGAUCGUUUGGUCUUGUCUGAACUGAAGGCUGUCUUGUUGAUUAUUCAAGACGCAACUAGCUGUCUGAAUUCAUAUAUUCAGAAUGCUUGUACACACGGUUUCCAAUUAAUAAAAUCCCAUUUAUGAU